AAGCCUAUUGAGCCAAUCAGCUAGGAGCGGCUGGCCGACGUGAUAGGCAAUACCGCCUAGUAAGCUGCGCGGCAUGGCGGGCUGGGCCCGAGAGGUGCUCACGCUGCAAUUGGGACACUUUGCAGGUUUUGUGGGAGCACACUGGUGGAACCAGCAGGAUGCUGCGUUGGGCAGGGCCACGGAUGCCAUGGAGCCGUCGGGAGAGCUGUGCCCUGACGUCCUGUACCGAAGGGGCCGGACGCUGCAUGGCCAGGAAACCUAUACACCUCGACUCAUCCUCAUGGACCUGAAGGGCAGUCUGAGCUCCCUAAAAGAGGAAGGAGGACUCUACCGGGACAGACAGCUGGAUACUGCAAUAGCAUGGCAGGGCAAGCUCACCACACACAAAGAGGAGGAAGUCUACCCCAAGAAUCCUUAUCUCCAAGACUUUCAGAGUGCAGAGGGAGUGCUUAGCAAUGGUGUCUGGAGGAUCAAAUCCAUCCCUAAUGGCAAAGGUCCCCCACCAGUCACCAAUGUUUCAAAUCCAAAGCCACUUAUCCCAGCGGGCAGCAUCAAAGUCUGGUCAGACUUCCUCACAGUCCAUCUUCAUCCCCGGAGCAUCUGUCUGAUUCAGAAAUACAACCAUGAAGGAGAAACAGGUCGGCUGGAGGCUUUUGGCCAAGGAGAAAGUAUCCUGAAGGAACCCAGAUACCUGGAGGAGUUGGAGGACAGGCUGCAUUUCUAUGUGGAAGAAUGUGACUACUUGCAGGGUUUCCAGAUCCUGUGUGACUUGCAUGAUGGCUUCGCUGGAGUAAGCACCAAAACUGCAGAGCUGCUACAAGACGAGUAUUCAGGGCGGGGCAUAAUAACCUGGGGCCUGCUGCCGGGUCCCUGUAAUCUUGGAGAACCACAGAAAAACAUCUAUCGUCUGUUAAACACAGUGUUUGGUCUGGUGCACCUGACUGCUUACAGCUCUUUCGUCUGUCCCUUAUCCUUGAGUGGCAGCCUAGGCCUGCGUCCUCAACCACCUGUGAACUUUCCUUACCUGGACUAUGACGCCACCCUACCCUUCCACUGCAGUGCCAUCUUGGCCACAGCCCUGGAUACAGUCACUGUUCCUUACCGCCUCCGUUCCUCCCCAGUUUCCAUGGUUCGGCUGGCAGAUAUGCUGAGCUUCUCUGGGAAGAAGGUGGUGACAGCAGAAGCGAUCAUCCCCUUCCCUUGGAUUCCAGGCCAGUCCCUUCCUGAUACCCUUGUACAGCUUGAAGGAAACACUCCAUGGACCCCACUGUCUGCAUGUGGGGACACCUUUGGAACACGCUGCUAUGCCCAGUCAGUGGUACUGAGGGGUAUAGACAAAGCAAGUCAUAUUAGUCAGCUCCCCUCAGGGACACCUCUGCCUUCCCAGCUCCAUGCGUGCCCCACUGGGGAAGAAGUCUUAGCCCAGUAUUUACAACAGCAGCAGCCUAGAGUAAUAAGUUCUUCCCAUCUGCUGCUGGCGCCCUGCAGGGUGGACCCUCCCUACCCCCACUUUUUCUCCACAAGCUUUGGCCAGCAAGGUGUGGUCCCUGGCUGUCCUCUCAGGAGCACAGCUGUGCAGAGCAUCCCAGUGUUUGGGGCCCUGCGUUCUUCUUCAUCCUUGCACCAGACUCUGAGAGGCUUGGCUAAGGAGCUCACACAACUGGAUCUGCGGCGCUGGGCCAGCUUUCUGGAGGCUGGGAUGGAACAGGAUGAUGUGGAAGAGCUGUUACAGGAGCUGCACAGCCUGGCCCAGUGCUAUCGGGAGAGUGACAGCCUCACAGGCUGAAGCUCCCCAGAUGGGGACUUCAUUUGCAAUAAAAACCACUGGCUGCAGAGCCCAGUGUCCUCCGGCAGAGGAGCAUAAA